CUUGACCUCAUAACGCUGAUAACUGACUGAAGUGCAAGUGCAAGUGCACUUUGUAUCUUUUAACAGUAUAGUUCAAAUUAUGAAAUGGAUUUAAAGGCGGUUUUUACAUGUUUUCUUGCUGUUUUAGCGGUGAAAGUCACUUCUGCAAGUCUUUACGAUCCCCAUAUGUUUCCGGAUAAAGGACCGUUUUUUGAAGGAUGGUAUAUGAGAGUAUCCGAUUUAUAUUCUCGUGACAGUUUCGGAUUGUUAUUCGGAAGUGUUUUGCCAUCUUCGUCAGGAAAUAUUACCGCCCCUUUGGUGGUUGCUUCGGUUUUGCUUAGAAGCUGUGACAAAACAAUUGACACAUGUAAACUGGUAUCAUCUGAUGGCAAAUUUACACUGAACGAUUUAAAUAUAACAGUAAAGGGACAACCCGUUCAGUCUGAUCCUGACAAAACAGCGCCACCUGACUUCAAAUGGCAGGUAAAUUCUGGAUCACAAGGCGGGUAUUUUGAGCAAAAAGGUGGGAUAACUACGUUUAAUUUUAGACUUGGAGACUUGAUUUUGAGAGGAAAGGCAACAAAUCCCAGUUACUGGAAUGACCAGGGUACUGGUCCUGAAGGGUGGCUGAUAAACCUACCACUUCCGCUCCAUUGGUUUGUGUACAGCUUACGGUCUGAACUCAGCUCCUGUGAAAUUCAAAACGUAACAAGUGGUGCCGUUACCAAAGUUUAUACUGGUGCCGUGCAUUUGGAGAAAAACUGGGGGAACUCAUUUCCCCGGCAGUGGAUUUGGUCGGAAGGGGUUUCAUUUGACAAUGACAAUGCAACCUUUGCCAUGUCUGGGGGACUUGUUGACUUCCCAUUUUUAUCAGUGAAUGCUUAUUUAAUUGGUUACCGAAAUCCAAUGAAAAAGUUGUCUCUGGAUUUCAGACCUGUUGACAGUUUAAUUUCUACACAGAUCGACGGAUGUACGGGAAAUGUGAGCGUGUCAGUGUAUAGUUUACGAUAUAAGCUUGACAUAAAUUUAGUUGCACCGGUAGCCACGCUGAGUUCUUGCCUCUUAGGACCAGAAAUGCAUGGUUUUGUACGCGCAUGCGUGGAAAGUUACGAUGCAACAGCAACAAUUCAAAUAUAUGAGAGAAAUCUACUUCUUUUCGGAUAUAAAUUAAUCGAACAGAAAAAGUUUGAAAAGAUUGCACUUGAAUUCGGAGGCAUGCAUGUAUGCGGUGGAAAAUGUUCAAAUUCAAUGCCUCCAGAAGAAUUAUAGCAUAACUUCACUGGCAACUGUAUUUGGAAAUUUGGAAACUGAUUAUUGAUUUUUUUCUCCAUUUUUGACAUUGUACUUUAUGUUCCAACAUAGUGGACAUUUUUUUUUAAAUAACAGUGUAUUAAAGUUUUCUUCACAAUAAUUAUUGUUCUCAUACAAAAAGUUUUAAGGUAAAACAAGAAAAUCAACUUAAGAAAUGAAUUUGAAGACAGCAAACUGGACUGUUUCGCACUGGAACUGUCUAAAAGUGCUAAGAAACGAUGCUUUUUAUAUCUAUUAAGAUGUAUAGCCGGUACAGGUUGUCAGUAUAGGUAACUCCUCAACACGAGUGUUAAAGGUUUAGCGUGCAAAAUAUAGAUUGCUCAAAUUCCAAACGUGUAAUGCUCCCUAGUCUACACGUGACACUAACUUGAAACUAGAGUUGUCACAGGAGCGACGAAUCAUACCCCCACAAUAUGGCCUUGUCACAGAACUAAGCCAAUGUCAAGGCCGAACUUGCUUGACCUUUGACCUACUGACCUCAAAAUUAAUAGAGUUCAUCUGCUGGUCAUGAUCAACCUCCCUAUGAAGUUUCAUGAUCCUCGACCCAAGCGUUCUCAAGUUAUUGUUGUGAAUCCAGGUCACUCUAACAUUUGACCUCUGGAAUUCAAAAUCAAUACGUGUCAUUAGCUUGUCACAAUCAACCUCCCUAACAAUUUUCUUGAUCCUAGGCUCAAGUGUUCUCAAGUUAUCAUCCGUAAACCGUUUAACUGUUUCGCGUUAUUGUGACCUUGACCUUUGACCUAUUAAUCUCAAAGUCGAACUUGACCUGUAUUUUAUAAUGUUACACCUGUGUACAAAAAUUCAUGAUCCUAGACCCAAGCGUUCUUAAGUUAUCAUCCUGAAACCGUUUAAAUGUUCCGAGGCACUUUGACCUUGACCUUUGACCUAUUGACCUCAAAGUCAAAGUUGACCUGUAUUUCAGGAUGUUACAACUGUGUACAAAAAAUUAUGAUCCUAGGCCCAAGCGUUCUCAAGUUAUCACCCGGAAAUCUUUUAACUGUUCAGGGUAACUGUGACCUUGACCUUUGACUUACUGACCCCAAAGUCGAACUUGACCUGUAUUUUCUGAUAUUACCCAUGUGUACCAAAAAUUAUUUAAAUUGGUGAAACCUUCAUGAGUUAUCAUCCGGAAACCAUAAAACCAACGGACCGACAGACCGAUCGACAGACAGACAAGCUGACUCCUAUAUACCCCAUCCCUCAAACUUCGUUUUGUUGGGUAUAAUGACACCCGAAAAGCUAUUAGUGCCUUUAUAUACGAACAGUCAAACCAGUGUUGGGAUUUGUAACCAAGGCAUUUUGUUUACGAAGCCAGUGCAUCGCUGAGCUAUAGAUGAUUCCUUUGGUAAAAAGCUAAUGAAACAUGUAAUUGAAUGUACAUGUAAUCAGCUAAUUACCAUAAAUGUUUGUAUGAAUUUGAUAUCAUAUCAAUGUGUUAAAUGAUUAUUUAAACAAAUAUACAAUUCUGAUAAAACA